GUUUUUUUUUCGAGAUAUUAUUACGUAUAAAAUGGCAAAACUCUAGGAAAAGUUUUGUGUAAGUUUCGAAGACAUAACAAAGAAGAAUAAAUAUGAAAUUCCUGGUACUCACGCUCCUCGUGGCCGCGGCAUUCGCCAGCCCGGCACACCGCUUUGUCCAACCCGGUGCGGCCGGCCCUGCACCCGUCAUAAUGCCUGAAGGCGAACCCAUCUCUAUUGGACCUGGUAUCGUCCACCCAGAGAUCGGAGGCGGCCCUGCCUUCGUCGAUGACUUUGAACCUAUUGCGAUCGGACCCGCAAUUAUCAACGAACCCAUUCCUCAAACUAAACCUGUAGUACAAAUCAUCAUUAACAUAAAUGAACAAGGACAAGUUGUCGGUUCUCCUGUGGUUGUGAAACCUGAGCCUGAACCAGUUGUUGUUGUGGAUGAAGCAGCUGACCCCGUGAUUGUUGUAGACGCUCCCCCAGCGGUGAUCGGUAAUCCAGUCAUCCCUGCACCCGUUAUCACCCUGCCUGAUGACCUCAAUUAAGUAACUUUGUAUAGUACAAAUUAAGCUAUUUUUUAUACAAUUAAAUAUAAUAAACAAUUUUGCAGCAUUUUAA